AUAUUGCAAAGAAAUGUCAGAAAAAAAGAAAUUUUGUUUCUUUGUGACUUGUUUAUAUCUCGCUGUAGCGUUUGCCGAGCAGUUGGAAGCUACCACAAACAUCGUAGAAGUUGCCACAAAACAUGGUAACAAUCUCAAAAAUGGAUCCAUUUUCUCAUGCUGCAAUGAAUCACUGAACAAAAGCAACCCUACGAUUUACUGUUACCAUGGCAAUGAUCUGAAACUGAGUAUCACAACUGCAGAGGCAGUGAUAUCUCUUCGCCACGAUGACUUCAGUCUUUUCUGGGGUAAAAAUAAUCAAGAAGUGUUGAAAAAGUUCAGAGACAAAAAACCAGUUUUUAAAUUCUACAUCUUUGAUUUGUCCAAAUUCCGUAUCAAUAUAGAUCCACACAAGAAAACAUGCUUUGGAAUUGUAAGCAGCAAGAAUUAUACAUUAAACGUAACUGAGAAACUUGAGAUGCCAGAUUACCCAAUGAUUUAUCAAUUAGGAAUGUGGCUGUUUCUAUAUUGUCGAAAUGAAGUCAUGUCAGUAUAUGAGUAUUACUAUUUUGCGACCUGGAUUAUUUUUAUCCCUCUUAUGCUCUAUGUGUCACUCUCACUCACGCCGGAUCCCCAUCAGAGUCUAGACCUGAGGAGAAAGAUCAUAGGUCAGGUGUUCCUGUACAAACUGGAGAGGUUGAUGACGCCGCUGGCCUGGCCGGUCGGUCUUAUCGCGUGCCCUGCUUCAAUAGUAGGAACAAACAUCUCUUCUCGUUUCCCUACAGCCGCACCACUGCCCAUGCCUCCUCCCCCCUCUAUCGAUUAA